AUGUCUUCCAGUGAUCCGAGCGCCCCCGUGGCCGGGUCGGCUGGUGACGGCUCCGGGCUUGCUGUCUGGGAGAAGCCCUGGUCUUUUGAGCAGAUGCGUGCCGCUGUCGGCAGUGACCAAUGGACUCUCGCCAGUGAUGCCGGGCUUCGACUAUAUCUCGAGCAGUUCAGUGAGCGUCUCAUCGCCCGGACUUCCGAGGUGAAUUCCCGACUGGACAACCUGAUCUUCUCUGCCCAGGACGCCUCGACCCUGGUGCAGAACUCCUUCAACGAGUUCAACAUGAUCGCCAACCGUCAGUUCGUCGAAAACCGCGUCGUCACCCCGACCGACUUCUCGCCCGUUCGCGUGGGCCUGGCCCCGGCCAAGCCCGAGUCCCGGACCGAGCAGCUGGACCCGGCCAAGCCGCCAACUCGCGAGCAGCUCGAUGCCAUCCUCAUCCCCAAGUACACCACCGCCCUGGCGGACGCUUUCUCGGUCUUCGAGAGCACCUUCAUGCAGCCCAAUGUCCCGACCAGCCCGACCAUCGCCGAGCCGGAUGAUGCCGCCACCCCGGGCGCUGUAUCGGCCUCGCUGACCAGCUCCUACUCGCAUCGGCCGCUGCCCUUCGUCAUUGGCACGGCAUCCUACCUCCGAACCAACAUGGCCUCCUUCCUGGAGCCGAUGGUCAUCCCGUCAGUCACGCAGGCAGCCCCCGCGGCCUCCGGCCCCGUGGCCGGCUCCCCGGCGGAUGUUCCGGCCGGUGGGGUGCCGCCGCCGCCGCCGCCGCCGCCGCCUCCUCCACCCCCGGGUGCUGGUGGUCCGCCGCCGCCGCCGCCGCCGCCGCCCCCCCUGCCGGGCACCACCCCCACCAGCUCUGUCCCCCCGACUCCGACCACCGGCGAUGAGCCCGUCCGGCCCCCCUCGCCGGAGGGCCCCCUGUCGGUCAUCGACACCGGCCCGAUUGCCGACCGCAGCAGUCUGGCCGCCAUGCUGGCCAACUCGCUUGCCGGCGGGGCUGCUGCCGCUGCCGGUGGCCCUCCCACUGACGAGGGGGCCACCGACGACGAGGCCGCCACCGCCACCGCCGGCGCCGCCGCCGGCGCCGCCGCCGGCGCCGCCCCUGGCUCCGAUGGCACUGUCCCUGCCUCUGACACCGCCGAUGGUCCGGCUCCGGCUGCUGCCCCUGCGGCCGCGCCCCAGGUCCGCUUCGCCGGGGUCGACUCUGAUGCCGACUCGGACGGGGCCGUGCCUCAGGCUCGCACCAACGUGUCCGCAGCUCCGGCCAAGUCCCGCUUCUCCCGGAACUUCUUUGACUACGAUGAUGAGGACGAUGACGACGACCUGUUUGCCCCGAAGAAGACCACGACCACCGCUGCCGCCGCGGCCCGGGCCGUGCCCGCUGCCCAAAAGAGCCUGUUCGAUGGGUCCGACGGUGAGGAUGACGACCUGUCCCUCUUCGCUCCGAAGUCGGCCGCGCCCCCUGCCGCGGCCCCGGCGGCGACCGAGACUGCGACUCCGGCUGCCGCGGCCGCGGCCCCUGUUGCGACGGUCGCGGCUGCGGCCCCGGCCAAGAAGAAGAUCGGCCUGCUGUUCUCCGACGGGGAGGAUGACGAUGACGACUUCUUCGCUGCCCCGGCUGCGGCGAAGUCGCCCGCACCCGCUGCGGCCCCUGUUGCCGAGCCCGCUCCCGCUGCUUCUGCCUCGGCUCCGGCCCCUGCCGCGGCUCCGGCUGCUGCCGCGGCCCCGGCUACCGCGCCUGUCGCCGCGGCCGCGGCCCCGGCCGCCCGGAGACCCAUCAGCUUCUUCGACGACGAUGAUGACGAUGAGGAUGACGAUAUUUUCAGCAAGCUGAAGCCAGCGGCCGCGGCGGCUCCUGCGGCGGCUCCUGCGGCGGCCACCAAGCCAUCCUUCGCCGCCCGGCGCCCCAUUUCCAUGUUCGACGAUGAUGAUGACGAUGACGAUGAUGAUAUCCUGUCUGCGGCGAAGCCCGCCCCGGUAUCUGCCCCGACCUCGGCUGCCCCGGCGAAGGUGACCGCCCCGGAGCCCGCCGCCUCGGCACCUGCCCCAGUCCCGGUGGCUGAGCCCGCGCCCGCGCCUGCGACCGCCCCCACCCCCACUCCGGCUCCGGCUCCGGCUCGCAGCCCGGCCAUCCUCACUUUGUCCGACAGUGGCGACGAGAGCGAUGACCCCUUCCUGGCCGCCUCGAAGAAGGCCGCCCAGCCGGCCACCAGUGCCCCGGUUGCAGCCAGGCCCAAGCCCUCCGGGCUUUUCUCCUCCGAUGAUGAGGACGACUUUGCCUUUGGCUCUUCUAGCAAGGCCCCGUCGGCCGCGGCCAAGGUGGCCACUCCGCCCCCGGCUGCCGCCAAGCCCGUGGUCACCUCGCGUGUGGUCCUGCUGGACUCGGACUCGGACAGCGAUGACCCCUUCUCCAAGCUGGCGUCAGUCAGUGUCCCGGCGGCCAAGCCGGCCGCGGCCGCCUCCGGCACUCCUCCUCCGGCCGCGGCCGGCGGCGCCGUGGCCAAGAACAAGCUGGUGUCCGGCUUGUUUGGCGGCAAGGAGCCGCCGAUCUUCAUGGGCGGUCCUGCCCCACGCCCACGCAAGCCUGCCCAGCCCGCCUCCGAGGAGGAUCCCCUGGCGCCGCCCGGCGGGAAUGUCUCGGACAGCGGGCAUUCCUCCUCAGAUGGGGGGUUCGGGUCAUCGUCGUCGAGUGACGGUGUGGCGUCCAAGCGCGCUGGCAGCCUCCUGGCCAGUCGCUUCGGUGACAAUGCCGCCGCCAUCCCCAUCAUGGGCAUGGGCAUGCCGCCCAAGCGCCCUGGUGCCGUUUCGUCCAGCAGCCGCAGCACCGACCCCGCCGACAUGGCAGCUGCCCCGUCCAGCGUCGGCACCGGUGCCUCGACAAACCCGGCCGCGCCGCCGGCCGCGCCGACUGUGCUCAAGUCGGCGGCGCGUGGUCGGCCGCGCAUGGCUGCCCGGCGCCUGCCGUCGCAUGUGGCCGCCGUGGCGGGCGCCUCGUCCGGGACUUCGGCGGCCGUCGCCUCGAGCCCUGCCGUCCUGCCGGUUGUCACGCCGGUGCCUGCUGCGGUGGCCCCCACUGCGGCGGCCAAGAAGCCGGCGGCCAAGGUGCUGGCCCUCUCGGACAGCGAUGAUGAUGAUGAUCUGCUCUUUGCCACGAAGACCGUGCCGGCGGCCAAGCCUGCCCCCAAGCAGCCGGCCGCCGCUGCCGCCACCACCGCCGCCGCUGCUGCUGCUGCCUCUCCGGCCAAGCCGGCCGCUGCUGCUGCUGCUGCUGCUGCCGCCUCCUCGGCCAAGCCGGCGGCCGCGGCCGCCUCUCCGGCACCCAAAUCCACCCCCGUGGCUUCCUCCGCGGCUCCCGCUGCCAACGCCCCGGCCAAGGAGACCGCGAAGCCCGCCAAGAAGCCGGCCGCCGCCGUCGCCGAUGCUGAUAUCCUGGAUAUCUUCGGUGACGCGCCGGCCAAGCAGGUGACCUCCUCUUCGAGCCGCAAAAAGAAGACCACGUCCGCUGCUGCCCCUGCUCCUGCGGCGGCGGCGGCGGCGGCAGCGGCUCCUGCCUCUUCGGCGGCCCCUCCCAAGGCCAAGAAGACUUCUUCCAAGGCCAAGAAGCCCAAGAGCGCCGCUCCCCUGGACGACGAUUUCGACAUCUUCUGAUGUCUGCGCCUGGUGUGGCACGUCCCAGUCCGCGUGGGCAUAUAUCUCCCAUUCCCCCCGCCCCCUCUGUUUCUUUCUCCCCCGAUCUCUCUCUCUCUCUCUGUCGCUCUCUCCUCGCCGGAGUGCAGAGGGGGGAUGUGCGCGCAGAGAGGAGAAAAAGACACACACACACACA